AUAGCUGGAAAAAAUCAUAUAAAUAGAAAAGAGUAGCAGCAGCAAGUAUAGUUGACUAUACAGUGAAUCAGUAACAAUUAAAAGUGCAAAAAUGGCAGAUGAACCACCAACUAAAAAACAAAAAACAACACACGAAGAAAACAGUGAACGAAGCGAAUCAUUAAUGGAAUUGACGAUUGAUCGUGUGGAUACACCUGAAUUGGACGAACUUUUGGAAGAAAUCCUUAACAACUUUAAAGAAGUUGAGCCCGGAACUUCAAGUCAAACGAAUAAUAGCCAAAACAAUACAAGUGGUGAACAAUUUAUGGACGGACCUACCAGCGAAGGAAACUGUAGAUGGAUGGGCAAAUUUAGAGAAGAAAUGUCUAGAAGACCAUUUAUUUUGCACAGAAUACUUCGAUGCCGAAAUAAACGAGAAAUUAGUGACAUUCUUAAGGAGUUGGAAAAAAGAGUCAGCCGAUACAUGGGACAAAUUUUGUGGGUCUCAGUCCACGACACAAGUGGAUGGGAACACAUCCACACGGUCCACGACUGCUCUUUCAACAAAAAACAAUGUAGGUGCGGGAUUCUCGCUGGAUUCGAUGUUGCGAAACCUAACGACAACGCCAAUAUCGCAACCUACAACGUUACAGACGAACGACUCCAUGCUCUCUACGAGUAUUUGCAUAAGAGACCACGAUCAUUUAGAUACGUAUACGGCACCGAAACGAGAAGGGACAGAUUAUUUUAUCCACCUGCGUGCAAUUCCACUACAUGUGGUUACAAAUCCGAAAAUCGACAAAUCGCAGUACUGGAUGCAUGCGAGGCAAGAGCUGAAAUUUUUCGUGAACGAAACAGGAACAACAGAAAUUUCUCAGAAGUUUCUGGAACUAACGAGCACAGUGACGAAACAGAUAACGGAGGAUCCAGAAGUGCACCACGAACAACGAAAAUUCAAGAACUGGUAAAAUUUAUGCUGAGCAUAGCGACUUGUCCGAUAAAUAAUACAUGUGCAACGGUGGAAUAUUUAGAUUCGAAAUGGUCAACUAUUAAUCGAGAACAUAAAAUCUUCCAGAUUGCUUGUAAUAGAAUUAACAGAGAGUUCCAGCAUAAAACAAUAGAAUGGUUUAAUGAAUUCUAUAAAACAAGCAAUCCGAAUUUCAAUUGUUACGACGGAAGAAAAUAUAUGUAUUAUUACGACGAAACCGACUCGACCGAAAAACUUAAAAGAUUGUUAUUGUUCCAAUGUGACAAUAAUUACGACGCAUAUACUGAUUUUUUAACAAAUUUAUAUAAAACUUUAAAUAAAAUAAAUGGCAAAAAAAAUACAAUUUUAAUUAAAGGUCCCAGUAAUGCUAUGAAAUCAUAUUUUGUACACAUCAUUACAUCGUUUUUAUUAAUAAAAGGUCAAAUACACAAUAUGAAUAAAAAUACAUCAUUCCCAUUGGAUGACUGUACUGACAGACGAAUACUAACUUGGGACGAACCAAAUUUCAGUAGAGAAUAUUUGGAAGAUAUAAAAUUAUUAUUCUCAGGAGACCCGUGUGGAGCCAAUGUAAAAUAUCAACACCAAACACAAAUUCAAAAAACACCAAUUAUUGUCACGUGUAAUAACGAUCCUUUUCCUAACAACGAAGAAUUCUCUAAUCGAAUGGUACGAUAUACAUGGAAAAUACCAGAUUUCAGUCAUACUUACACAAAGCAAAUAUGGCCGAUUGCAUUUUAUAAUUUAUUGGAAGAAGCUGGAAUAACAAACAACUAUUUUGAUUUUUAA